AUGGGGUUCACUUCGAUCAACGCCCAAGGGCUUACGGCUCCGCCCUAUUUCGCUUCUUUCUUGGUCACGAUUGCCACCACCUGGAUUGCUGAUCGAUUGCAACAACGUGGCUUGAUGCUUGUAAUCCUGUCUCUGAUCGGAGCUGUUGGCUAUGUUCUCCUUGCCGUCUGCACGUCAGUUGGCGCGCGUUACGCAGGCGUGUUCCUCGCUGCUAUAGGUGUUUUCCCUUGCAUCGCAAAUAUUCUCCCGUGGGCUCUCAAUAACCAAGGCUCGGAUUCACGACGUGGAAUGGGUAUUGUCAUCCUCAAUAUCAUCGGCCAAUGCGGGCCCUUUCUGGGAACAAACGUAUUCCCAGAAAGCGACGGACCGCGCUACAUCCGCGGACAAUCCAUUUGUGCAGCCUUCAUGUUCUUCACCAUGAUUCUGGCGCUCACUCUACGAACCCUUCUGGUAUGGGAGAACCGCCGCUUAGACAAGCAGCAUGGUACGCAGGCCGAGAGGGAAGCGCGGGGAUGGAAUAAAGGGGAAAACGUCGCAGAAGAAAACUAUGGAGCUGGAUUCCGGUACGUGCUAUAG